AUGUCUAAUCUGAAUGUUUCUGACAUUGAAAUCUCCACCUUUUUCUUGGUUGGGAUCCCAGGGCUGGAACAUUCUCACAUCUGGAUUUCCAUCCCCAUCUGUUUGGUGUACUUAAUUUCUACUAUAGGCAACUGUACAAUCCUCUUCAUCAUCAAGACAGAAUCUUUACUUCAUGAACCCAUGUACUAUUUCCUGUCUAUGCUGGCUCUCUCUGACCUGGGCCUUUCCCUCUCUUCUCUACCCACCAUGCUGAGAGUUUUUCUAUUCAAUGUCCCUUCAAUCUCUGUUGAUGCCUGUUUGGCACAAGAGUUUUUCAUUCAUGGCUUUACAGUUAUAGAAUCUUCAGUUCUUGUAAUUAUGUCCUUUGAUCGUUUCAUAGCCAUUCAUAACCCCCUGAGAUAUAGUUCCAUCCUCAGUAAUACAAGAGUUGCCCAAAUAGGGCUGGUAUUCAUCAGUAAGAGUAUCCUCUUAGUACUUCCCUUCCCCAUAACUCUGAAGAGGCUCAGAUACUGUAAGAAAAAUCUUUUGUCCCAUUCUUACUGCCUCCAUCAAGAUGUCAUGAAGUUAGCCUGCUCUGAUAAUCGGAUCAAUGUCAUCUAUGGCUUCUUUGGUGCCCUCUGCAUCAUGGGUGACUUUCUGCUCAUUGCUGUGUCCUACAUACUGAUAUUGAAGACUGUGCUGGGAAUUGCAUCCCAUGGAGAAAGACUCAAAGCUCUCAACACUUGCAUCUCACACAUCUGUGCUGUAAUCAUUUUCUAUGUACCCAUUAUCACCCUGGCUGUUGUCCAUAGAUUUGCAAGACAUGCUCCUCCUAUUUUUAAUAUCCUCAUGGCCAAUCUUCUCUUAUUAGUACCACCCCUAAUGAGUCCUAUUGUGUAUUGUGUAAAAACCCGCCAAAUCCGAGAGAGAGUCCUACAGCGCCUGAGAAUAAAAUAA